UAUAAGCCAUAGUUUUCAAGGGGGAUGGACGUCUUCAUGGAGGAACGUAUAGUGUUUUUAAUAAUCAAUAACUGUGUAUAUUUGAAUAAACAUUAGUUCGUUAACCCGCGUUAUAUAUUUUUAAUCUUUUUAUAAACAAUUAUUUUAUCAAAUAUUAUAGUGAUAUGUCGUUCGCAAAAGCUAGAAUUCAACGGUUCAAUGAUCUUACAAAUAAGGUACCACCACCUGGUGCAUAUGAUCCAAAGUUUGGCCCAAAAGUAAAAGGGCUUGCAAUAGAGAAAAAAGAAAGAUUUCAGGAUAAUAUAAGUACAACGAGCAAUAGCACGGAAUCGAGUUUAAAUUUUUUCAGUAAGAGCACUAGACAACAACUGCCUGGAAAAUUUAUUGCUCCACAAUGUGUCCGAAAACGUGUUGUAGUCAAACCGAUGAAUAUAAAUUGUAUGAAGGGAAAAUUGAAGUCCACGAACCAGACUAACAGUAAAAGUGUUAAUAAACAGCAGUAUAAUUCAACGGAUCAGUUGUUGGAGUUACAAGUUGAGUGUGAAAAUAAAAAUAGAACUAUACAGGAACAUGAGAAACAGAUAGAAGAAAUGAAAGAAGAAAUGUGCAAACUUGAAGUGCAAAUAGAGGAAUUACAUAAAAAACAAAUUGAAGUCGAGGAACAACACAAGAAAGAUAUAGAAACUAUGGCUAAAUUACAACAGGAAGUUUUAGAUAAUCAUGAUGAAAGACAUCAAGCUGAAGUAAACGGACUUCGUUCUAAGUUAUUAGAUAUUUCGAGAGAAAAAGAAGAAGAAAUAUUUGCUAGAAGAACAGUGGAAAGUGAUUUGAGAAAACGUGUGGCUGAGUUGUCGGAAAAAAUAUUACAUUUAGAAUCAGAGAUGGCCAAAAAGGCAGAAACAAAUCAAAUAAUGAUACAAACAUUAGAGACCAAAACUGAAGAAUUAUUGUCCAAAUUAAAAGCACUGGAAGAAGAACGUAACAUUCAAAUUGAUUUAUUAGAAAAAGAAAAAUUACAGUGUACAUUGGAUGUAAAUGAUUUGACAGAGAACAAGUGUGAGCUUGAAGCUAAAUUAGAGAAGAGGCAGAAUGUUAUUUUAGAACUUCAAGGGCAAUUAUCCGCUCUUCAAUGUGAGUUAGACGAAUUAAGAGCAGAAUACGACAAACUCAUAGACGAUUCCAUGAUGCAAAAGAGUCAACUUGUUAAGAAGCAUAAUAAAGAAAAGGAAACAUCAAUGGAUUGGUUUUUGAAAGAAAAGCAAAAACUUGAACAGGAACACGAAAAGACAAAAGUGACAGUAGUCAAAUUAGAAAGCGAUUUAGAAAAAGUGACUGAAACUAAAACCUGUCUACAACAUGAAUUACAAGACAUGAAAAGACUUUAUACAGAUGUAAGUCAACAGUUGACGCAAGCUCAUAAGGAAUUAGAAAUUGCAGAAGAAAAACAUGAGCGUCUCUUAAAAGUACAUAAGACUGAAAUAGAGGCUUUAAAAAAGAAACACCAUGAAGAGAACUUAGAAUUAACACAGCUAUUAAAAGAAACUAAAGAAAAUUACUUAAAUGAAAUAGAAAGUUUGUCUAUAGCGAAAGAUAAAGAAAUGACUGAUUAUAAAAAAACGAGUCAACAAAUUAAGGAAGAAAAUAAACAAAUUACGGAAAAUACUAACAACUUCGUUGAAAGUACUAAUAUUUUUACGAAAGAAGAUAAUUUAGAAUCUUGUCAUCAUCAUAGUGAAAAAAAGGUUAAAGAAACUAUCGCCGAAUGUGACGUAAAAAUAAAUACAAUGAUCAAACAAGCUACAUCUGAAAUCGAAGAAGAAAUGCGUCUCAAUGAUGAGAAAUAUAAAGCAUGCUUAGCAAGAAUAGAGAGUGAACGCGUUGCAUUAGAAAAUAAGUUAGCAUUAAGAGAUGCGGAAAUAGCAAAACUUUCCUCGAUAAUUGAGGAAUUGAAAUCGUCUGCUGUAAUUCAGAUAAAUUUAAGUCAUAGUCUGCAGGUAGAAUUAGAUAAAGCAGAAACUGAAUUGGGAGAUAAAAAAGCAGAGCUUAGAGCAUUGAAAGACCAAAUACGUUCGGAAGCUGCAGAAUUGGUGUCUAGAAGAAAGAGGUUUGAAAUAAUUAUGACUGAAAAUAAAGCAGCAUUUGCUGCAGUUUCGGAACAUUUAGUACAGAGUAACGCUGAGGUAGAAAGAUUGCAAUAUGAAUUGAGAUGUGCAGAAGAUUGUUUACGGGAACAUCGAGAUUUACUUAUUUCUAUAUGUAGUAAUACUCAAAUGGUACAAAAUUAUACAAAACAAUUAGAUGUUAACAGACAAAUCAUUAAUCAAAUCGAAGCAGACAGUAUAUUCGAGUGUGAAUCUAUGAAGAAAUGUUACGAAUUAAAGAUCGACGAAUUUAAACAAAUGGCGACCAAAGAAAUUAACCUACUUCGUGAAACAGUGAAAAAAAAAUCCAGCGAAAGUGCAGAGAUGAAGAAACAGCUAGAUGAAAUGGCUGGUUCUUUGUGCACUACACGAGAUAUGUUAUUAUCUUUAGAACAAAUAAACGAUGAACGGGAAAUUUCAAUUUCCCGAUUAGAACUCGAUAAUAGUAAACUUCACGAACAAUUAAAAAAUCAAAAAAAGCUCAGCGAAGAAUACGUGGAACUUUUGUCAAAGUUAUCUGCGACAUGUAAUCCUAUCGUCGAAGAAAACAAACAUUUAUUAAUCGAAAAGGAAAAAGAAGAAUGUCGAGCUCGCGAGGAGAAGCUUCUAAGAGCUUUAACUGCGGAAAGAAUACGUCGUAAAGGCGUUGAAAUAAAAUUCAAGCUGUUAGCUAAAAGUAAUGAUCUACUUAAAAAGGAGUACGAAGAAAUAAAUGAAAAAUAUGCCCAUGUACUUGGCCACCAGAAUCACCAACAAAGAAUCAUGCAUGUUUCAUUCCUAAAAGAAAAAAUCUCUCGACUGGAACAGGAAUUACAGUCUAAAUGUAAGCAACUGGAACACCAACAACAAAACGUUACAGCGGAAAAGGUAAAAACUCAACAAAAGCGUUCACAAACUAAAGGGAAAGAAAACGUGAUAGGAGGAGGAAUUUCGAGAAGUAGUCACACCACACCCACAUCUUCGCCGCAUAAAUCAUUGACGCCUCUUCGAGAUAGAAACGAAUAAUUAAGUUAAAGAUUAUGACCAAAAAAAAACAGACUUUGUCAAAAUAACACGUGUAAAAAUAGUUUCAGCACGUUCCUCCUCUCCCUCCUCCCCCACAAUACAAGAAGAUUUUGACGUUAACCGUUAAUGUACGAUAUUUGAUGUUUUAAUGUUUUAUUUUCCUUUUUUUUUUUGUUUUUAUUAUCAAAAAGAAAUGAUCGAUAAUUAUUUAACGUAAAAAUGAAUAAUAUUUAAAAAAUAUCAAGAAAGUAUCCCAUAGAUCCUUGUUCUCAUCAGCGUCGAUUAUGUUUAUUUUCAUAAUAUAUAUUUUAUAC